GAAACACGUGGUUUGACCGCGUGGCGUUGUUUGGUCGCCAUUUUAGGUUGUCACUUGCAUGAGUGCCUGGGGAGAGGUUGAACUUGGUGGUCAAAUAUGAGCGAUGAGGACAGAGAUGUAGACAUCGAAAGUGACGAGGAAGACGAAGAUGGUGGUGGUUAUGCGGGACUUGGCGAUGAAGCGUCCCCAGGCACGGACGGUUCAGGGCAGUUUUUAACCCAGGCAGAAAAGAGGGCGCAUCACAAUGCGCUGGAACGGAAGAGGCGGGAUCACAUAAAGGAGAGUUUCCAUAGUCUCCGCGAUUCAGUGCCCUCCCUACAGGGGGAGAAAGUCAGCGCGGUGUCACGCGCACAAAUCCUGAAAAAGGCAGCAGAUUACAUUCAAUUCAUGAGGAGAAAAAAUCAUACCCACCAGCAAGAUAUAGAUGACCUGAGAAAACAGAACACAGUAUUGGAGCAGCAAAUUCGAGCUCUUGAGAAAGCCAAAUCAACAGGUCAGUUUGCCGCCCAAUCCUCGGGGGCUUUGAACCCCAAGGGAACUGUCAUGUCAGCCUUUGACGGAGGGUCCGGCUCGGAAAGCUCAGAAACUGAGGGCCUCUCCCCGAGUCGACGGAAAAAAAUGAAGAUGUCGUCAUGAUGAACUUAAGGGAACUGCUGAAUGCAGUUGUGAGCUCAAAGACUGUUGUGAGUUAUGGUUACCAUAGUAACCAGGUGGAACUGCGACAGGAAAACGACAGCCCUGUGACAACAACCACAUCUCUAUAGCACAGGAGCUUUACUCAGUGCAGUGGACACUGCUGCAUAUAGACUUUACAUUAAACAUAUACAUGUUGAGGGCAGACAGGGAGAGGCUUAACCUACAAGCCACCUUCUGACACAGUUUUAAUCAAAAUGUCAAGGAAUCUUUUAGCUGUUGUAGAUAUUGGAAGGUGUGGUACGUGUACCAGUGUAAUGGUGAAGUAUGGUUUACAGUUCCUCAUGAAGGUAUGGCUCGAGGUUAGGUGGUGUCGUCUGUAUUGUUUUAAAGUGCUGCACAACAGUGGCAUGUCGAUGUUAGGACUGUGAUUCUUGCCUGGGUUAAUCUCGCGCCUCACACAGGCGGCCCCCUCUCUUCCCUCCCUCUUUUUUUUCAUCUAAUAAAUGUGAUAGCCCUUCAA